GUGGAGGUACCACGGGACGGCGGCGGUGGCGGCGGUGGCGGCGGUGGCGGCGGGGCCCGCGUCGCUGUGAUCGCGGCCGGGGCGGGCGGCGGCUGCAGCGGGGCCCGAUGGCAGCCCCGUUGGCGCUGCUGGCCCUCGGCCUCGUGACCACCACUGGUGUCUUGGCCCUGGAGGUCUACACGCCCAAGGAAAUCUACGUGGCCAAUGGGACGCAGGGGAAGCUGCCGUGCAAGUUCAAGUCCGUGAAUAUGACGGGCACCUUGACCUCGGUCACCUGGAGCUUCCAGCCGGAGGGGACGUUCUCCAGUGUGUCGUUCUUCCACUACUCUCAAGGACAAGGGUACUUCGGGAACUACGCGCCCUUCAAGGGCCGAAUCAGCUGGGCCGGAGACUUGGACAAGAAGGACGCGUCCAUCAGCAUAGAGAACAUGCAGUUCAUCCACAACGGCACCUACAUCUGCGACGUCAAGAACCCCCCCGACAUAGUGGCGCAGCCCGGACACAUCCGGCUAUAUGUGGUGGAGAAAGAGAGCCUGCCCGUGUUCCCCGUCUGGGUGGUGGUGGGCAUCGUGUCGGCCGUGGUGCUGGGCCUCACGCUCCUUGCCGCCCUCGUCUUGCUGGUGCUGCACCGGAAGGGGAGCUUCAAGCGCGACUACGCCGGCUGCAGCACCUCCGAGGCUCUCUCGCCAGUUAAACAGGCCCCGAGGAAGUCCCCCUCGGACACGGAGGGGCUGGUUAAGAGCCUGCCCGCCGCAUCCCACCAGGGCCCGGUCAUUUACGCGCAGCUAGAACACUCAGGAGGUCACUGCAGCGACAAGAUCAACAAGUCCGAGUCGGUGGUGUAUGCGGACAUCCGGAAAAACUGAGGGGCGCCCCGACCCCCGACACUCUUGAGAUGCAGAUCCCGACUGGGGCUGGCACGGGGCCCCCCUGAGCAGGUCCUGAUUGCACCUUCCAGCAACGUCUCCGUGUGCCCUGAGAGAAUCCCACCCUGGGGCCCCUCACAGAGAGCCAGGGGUCCCCUCCACCCACCCGGCCAACCGGCCCCGGAGACCCCUCCUGGGCUGGGCGUUCUUUCCCGGCUUGUCUGGCACCGCGUGGGACCCCCCGCCGGGAGAUCGUUUUUAUUAUCGUGGCUUUAAAAGCUCCCCUUCCCACCACCCCCUCCCCCCAACUCCCUGGAGUGGCUAAAGGGCGGGUGGGGGUCUCCGCCUCACGCUACCCCGGUCGCCCAGGACUUGGGGUUUUUUAUUGCAGAUGGCAGACUCGGUGCUGAUUAUUAUUGUCGUUUUCUUUUGGGGGGGUCACACCCGGCGUUGCGCCGGGGUUCUCCUGGCUCUGCGCUCAGGAAUCACUCCUGGAGGCGCUGGGGUGCUGGGAAUCGAACCCAGGUCGGCCGCGUGCCAGGCAGACGCCCUCCCCGCGGUGCCAUCGCUCUGGCCCCCGGUGCUAAUUAUUAAAUCUACGCGGUCGCCUCUCUGAUUUUUUCUGGGUGAUUCUGUUCGAAGAGGGUCUGCCCCUCCCCACUCCCUGGUGUUGAAAGGACAUGCCCUGGGGGUCAGGGGUGGCAGAGAAUGUGGAUGGGGGGCAUGAUACCCCCCGCCGGAAGGAAGUGACCAGGGGCUUCUGAGGGACCCCGGGGUGUUGACCCCAGUAGGCUGACCACCCCGGCAGCAGCCGUCAGGAAUCCAAACCCCCCCCCAAACUUCCCAGCCAGGGGAGUAGUACCCAUCCCCAGCACCCCCCCAAAAGAAAAACAGAUCUCCCAAACUGUGUCGGUGUACCCCAAGCCUUGUGUAUCCUGCAGACAUGAGGGCGCUUUCUUUCUUCUGUCACAUCACGUCGAGCAAGAAGAGUAAAAGUGGACCUUUCUCCAGAAACGAA